CAAUCGGCUAUUCUCGUCUACUUUCGAGGCGAGCCGCAACUCAUCUCAAACAAGCCUAUUGACUGCUUUUGGGAUCAUGUGACUGCUCAACAGCACUGUCACGUGACGCACAGAGCGUGAGCGUGCACACAGCGGUAUCCGGCAGAAAUCAUGGAGCUGCUGCGGGUCGCGGUGUUCCUCGGGCUGUGUCUGGGGGCCUGCAGCUGUCAGGCCGUGGUUCUGAGCGACUCAGCGGGCCUGGGGAGAGGCUUCGACGGGAUAGGAGGUCUGAGCGGCGGAGGGGCGACGUCUCGGUUACUGGUGAAUUAUGCCGAGCCCUACCGCAGCCAGAUAUUAGACUUCCUGUUUAAGCCGAACUUUGGAGCUUCCUUGCACAUACUGAAGGUGGAGAUCGGAGGAGACGCUCAGACUACUGAUGGAACGGAGCCAUCACACAUGCACUAUGAGAAUGAUGAGAACUACUUCAGAGGGUAUGAGUGGUGGCUGAUGAGAGAGGCCAAGAGGAGGAACCCAAACAUCACACUGAUAGGUUUGCCCUGGGCGUUUCCUGGGUGGGUGGGUCACGGUAAGAGCUGGCCCUAUGACUUCCCAGACAUCACUGCAUCAUACGUGGUGAAAUGGAUCCUCGGUGCCAAGCAGUACCAUGACCUGGACAUCCACUAUGUGGGGAUCUGGAAUGAGCGAAACUUUGACGUCAAGUACAUCAAGCUGCUGCGCUACACUCUGGAUAAGAGUGGUCUGGAGGGGGUCCGGAUCAUAGCCAGUGACAACCUGUGGCAGCCCAUCACCCUGUCUCUGCUGCAAGACCCCGAGCUGGGGGGGGCUGUAGACGUGAUAGGGGCCCACUACCCAGGCACCACCACAGUGAAGGAGGCCCUGCAGACCCAGAAGAAGCUUUGGUCCUCGGAGGACUACAGCUCAGUGAAUGACGAGGUGGGGGGGGGCUGCUGGGCCCGCAUCCUCAACCAGAACUACGUCAAUGGAUUCAUGACAGCAUCAGACACCUUGGUGAGGUUGGGACAGACAGCGUUGUCCAGCUGUGUGUUGACAACUGUCUCCUUCAGCACCAUCUCCUGGAACCUGGUGUCCAGCUACUACGAGGAUCUACCGUUCGCCCGGGACGGGCUGAUGACGGCCGAGGAGCCGUGGAGCGGGCACUACGAGGUGGCCCCCCCCAUCUGGAUCACAGCCCACACCACACAGUUCACCCAGCCGGGGUGGAGCUACCUGCAGACUGUGGGACACCUGGCACAGGGCGGGACUUAUGUAGCCCUGACGGACGGGAAGGGAAGCCUCACUGUUGUCAUAGAAACCAUGACUCAUGAUCAUUCAGUAUGCAUUAGACCUCCACUCCCCCCCUUCAAUGUGACCUCCCAGAAUGCAACUUUCCAGCUGAAGGGAUCCUUUGCCUCCAUUAAGGAACUCCAAGUAUGGCGGUCUCAGUUUAAUUUCAAAACGAAAAAGCCCUCCUUCUUCCAGAAACUAACUCCUCUGACGCUUGUGGACGGUUUGUUCACCUUGAGCGUGGCUGAAGAUGAGGUUUACACUUUAACCACAGUGACCUCAGGACAGAAAGGCAGUUACCCCGGCUCCCCCCCCUCUGCUCGCUUUCCCAAACAAUACAAGGACAACUUUGAUGUUCGAAACCCCCCCUUCUCUGAGGCUCCAAACUUUGCCGACCAGACGGGGGUGUUUGAGUACUACCUCAACCUGACGGACCCCGGGGCUCACAGCUUCACUUUGCGCCAGGUUCUGACUGAGAGACCCAUCACGUGGGUCGCUGACGCUGACCAGACCAUCAGCGUCAUCGGAGACCACCAGUGGCAGAACGUGACGGUCAGCUGUGAUGUGUUCAUGGAGAGCGUGAAGACCGGGGGAGUGUUCAUAGCAGCGCGGGUGGAUAAAGGAGGGCAGUGCGUCCGCAGCGCUCGGGGGGUCUUCUUCUGGGUGUUUGCAGACGGCACAUACAAAGUGACCAAUGAUCUCGCUGGACAAACUGUCCUGGCAGAGGGACAGUCUGGGACCCGGGCGUACGGCUGGCACACCUUAACUCUCACUGUGGAGGGUCAGCAUGCGUCAGGUCUGCUGAAUGGUUACCCUCUGUGGAAGAAUGCUGUGGUGCUGGCCCCCCCCAACGGCUGGGCGGCUUUAGGAACACACUCCUUUGAACUGGCUCAGUUUGAUAACUUUGCUGUGCUGGCAGAGUGAGGAUUUAACAGUGGAACAAUGAUCUGCACAAUGCUUUGAAAGUGUGAUGAAUGCCUUUAUUAACACUUCAUUGUGCUUAAUAUAUACUUGACUUUUCUUCCUUUUUUAAAAUGUUUUUAAAAUGUUUUUAAAAUGUUUAAUCUGAAAUAAUUGUAAAUAAUUUACACUGAUUUUUAUUAUAAUGGAAUAAAUUAUUUUUAAAUGUUUACAUUUUUGUUUUAUUGUAAUGUUUUUACAUUUAAAGCUGCAACAUAUCAACCUGUGGUCCGGUCCUCUGCAUUCAGACUGAAUAUGAAGCCUAUGGUGAAGUUUGACUUGAGGCAUGUUCGGUGCAUGUUGUACGGAAGAGUAUUAGGGCCUCAUGAGAAAAAUGUGUUGGGAUGUGACCAAAAGUAACAAAAAAAAAAGUGGGUUUUGACCAAAUUAUUUAUUUUACUUUUGGUCACAUCCCAAAAAUAAAUUCUGAUGUGGCCCUAAUCCUCUUUCGUAAUCUUUGGAUGUAAAGUCUAAAGCGUGAUUAUGAAACUGGCUUAUUUAUUUUUUUAAUAUGUGCAUUGCUAAUACAUUGAGGCUACAUGGUGUCUCGCUUAGUUUAUCCACCUCUACCACCAAGUCCAUAUAAAGACCUGGCAGAAACAGA